AUGGAAUAUCCAAUAUCCCGAUUCUGGUUCGGACCAGCCAGCGAGCUCAUCAAGGCUGGGAAGGUUAUCCAACUCAAAGAUCCCAUGAGCCGCUGGAAAAUCGAGCGGUUGCUCAGCGAGCGGGAGCACCGGAUCUUCGCACUGGAAGCAAGAAACAACUGUCCCUCCUACGUCUCAGUCAAGAUGCAGUGCAGCAAAGACAAGGAACCUACAACGAAGGCUUUUAUGCGUGUCUUUCUCCAGAUCCCGCAUAAAGACACUGCCUUCGCUCCCAUCAAAGAACUUGCUAAACACGCUAGGCAAAGUUACCUUCCCCGAGAGCUGGAAGCAUUUCAGCUAUUCAGUAAAGAUGAUUCGGCAUCGAAGUGCACCCCACGUCUCAUCGGUUCUCUGCAAGUGGAGCAAGGGAGAGACCUACUGGUUCCUGGUGGCUUUCUUAUCUACUAUGUAUGGGAGAAGGUAUCCGGGAUCCGCUUAGGUGACUACACUGGAAAGGCUAGAUGGUUCUGGGACAUCCAAAGCAAGAAGGAGCGAGAACUGAUCCGUGAAAAGUUCGAGGAAUCUUUCAACGCGCUUCGCGACGUCGGUAUCCUGCCUGAGUUCGCUUCCGCAAAUAACUUGGUGUGGAACUUACAAACCCAAACGCUUUACUGGAUCGGAUUCCGAGAUUGGAGCGAGACCGGGAGAGAGAAGCCCAUGACUGAGGAAUGGUAUUUUGUGUUUGAUCUCAUGCGUGUUCCUUCCGGCAGCCCAACCCCACUGGAUCGCAAAUACAAUGGGAACAAAAAGGAAUGGAUUCGUUAG